AUGGAGGUGCCACACCUGGUGGCCCAGGUGACACUCCUGGUGGCAUUGUCCCCCAUGGAGGUGCCACACCUGCUGUCCCCACGAGGUGCCACCGUGUGCCAGCCGCCGCCGUGUGCCCACAUUGUCCCUUUGUCCCACAUUGUCCCUUUGUGUCCCUUUGUCCCUGCAGAUGCCACUGUGCCACCGUGUGCCAGCCACCGCCGUGUCCGCAGGGCCAGCGCGCCGAGGGACCGGAUCAUCGGGGGGUACCCGUGCCUGCCCCUGUCCCAGCCCUGGCAGGCGCUGCUGUACGGCCCGCUGCAGUGCGGGGGGGUGCUGGUGGCACCACAGUGGGUGCUGACGGCGGCACACUGCGUCAGGAGGGGCCUGCGGGUCCGGCUGGGCGAGGACGACCUGCGGCGGCGCGAGGGGACGGAGCAGGAGCGCCGGGUGACGCUGGCGCUGCCCCACCCGCGCUUCGACCCCGUCACGCUGGACUCGGACCUGGCCCUGCUGCGCCUGGACCGGCCGGCGGCCAUCGGCCGGAGCGUGCGGCCACUGGCCCUGCCCCGGGAGUGUGGCCAGCCCGGGCAGUCCUGCCUGCUGUCCGGCUGGGGCACGGUCACCACACCCCAAGUGACGCUCCCGGAGCGGCUGAUGUGCGCCUACGUGCAGCUGCUGCCGGACGCCGCCUGUCGCCGGGCGUACCCGCGGCGCAUCACGCCCAGCAUGCUCUGCGCCGGCGUCAGCAACCGCCGCGUCGACUCCUGCCAGGGUGACUCCGGGGGUCCCCUGUCCUGCAACGGGACCCUGCAGGGCGUCGUGUCCUGGGGGCUGCAGACCUGCGCCCUGCCCGGCCACCCCGGCGUCUACACCAAGGUCUGCAGGUUCACCCCAUGGAUCCUGGAGACCAUGGACAGGAACUGA